UUACACGCAGCCCGUGCUGCCCAUCUUCUCCGAAACCCAUCUCUCGUCGCAGCCAUCUGAAACAUCUCUCGUCGCAACCCUCUCUCGUUGCAGCCCUCUGAAUCGAGAGGUCGCCAGAAGGGACAGAGACGGUGGACCCUGCCGAGAGAGAGAGAGAGAGAGAGAGAGAGAGAGACGUUGUGCGAUCCCUCCACCUGCAGCAAAUUCAAAAAGAUCGAGCGCUGGGUGUAACUUGUAAGCAUCCAAACGAAUGGUAUGUGAAGGCGGCGGAGCGAUUGGAGGUGAAGCCAUGGAAGAUAAGGUGUCGAUGGAGCUGACAGAAGAGAUAUUAAGGAGCAUGGAAGUCGGCAUGGCCUUUAGAGACUACAAUGGUAGAAUCAGUUCCAUGGAUUUUCACAAGGCAUCAAAUUAUCUGGUGACUGCCAGUGAUGAUGAAUCAAUUCGCCUCUAUGAUGUCGCAAAUGCAACGUGCUUGAAGACCAUUAAUAGCAAAAAGUAUGGGGUUGAUCUUGUUUGCUUCACUUCUCAGCCAACAACAGUUAUAUACUCCUCGAAAAAUGGUUGGGAUGAAUCACUGCGGCUUCUUUCCUUGCAUGACAACAAGUACUUACGGUACUUUAAAGGCCACCAUGACAGGGUUGUCUCUCUUUCCUUGUGCCCUCGGAAGGAAUGCUUCAUAUCUGGGUCUCUUGAUCGAACUGUUUUACUUUGGGAUCAACGAGCUGAGAAGUGCCAGGGCCUCUUCCGUGUACAAGGAAGACCUGCUGUUGCUUAUGAUGACCAAGGGAUGGUCUUUACAAUUGCCUUUGGAGGAUAUAUUAGAAUGUUUGAUGCUCGUAAAUAUGAGAAGGGCCCUUUUGAUAUUUAUUCUGCUGCUGGAGAUUUCUCAGAAGCCAAUGUUGUGAAAUUCAGCAAUGAUGGCAGGCUCAUCCUUUUGACUACUAUGGAUGGGCAUAUUCAUGUGUUGGAUUCUUUCCGGGGAACAACAAUUGCUACUUACAACGUUAAGCCAGUUUCAAGCAAUGCGACUUUGGAGGCAUCUUUUAGUCCUGAUGGGAUGUUUGUUGUAUCAGCAGGUUCAGGGGAUGGCAGUGUGUAUGCUUGGAAUGUUAGAAGUGGUAAAGAAGUCACGAGUUGGUUGAGUACUGAAACUGAACCUCCGGUAAUAAAAUGGGCUCCAGGAAGCCUUAUGUUUGUAACUGGAUCUUCUGAAUUAUCAUUUUGGAUUCCAGACCUCUCCAAAUUGGGAUCUUAUGUUGGAGCAAAGUAGAACUUCUCAAUGAUGUGCUUUGUUAGAUGUGGUCUGCUCAACAGAUGAGGUGAGGUGAAAUUUUCUGGCAAAUGAACUCUGUAUGAUAUGCAACUCUUGGAUUUUGGGGGGAUUGAUCGUGUUCAGGAAUCUGCUUCCUUCAACAGAAACACAGACACAGAUCCUCUCUCCCUCUCAAAAAAAGAAACAAGAAAAAAGAAGUUAAGCGACGCACGAAACACUGAAGUGAGUCGAUCUACUGUGCCGACACUGAUAUUCAGUUUUUCAGUUCAUUUGAUUCUUUUCCUCCCACUUCUUAGUUGUGUUCUGUCUCUGCUUCCUAAUACUUUUGUGGCCUAAUCUUGUGCUCUGUAUCUAUAUUGAGGGUGGAAUGAUAGCUGCAUUUGCUUGUGUUAGAUGAGAUGGAUGUAGGGGAUUCUUCACACGUGUUCGAGAAAUUCAUCUGGAUAGGGUGCAAGUGAAGAUGCCCUGGACCAUAAUCAGGUGCUUUUUGCCUACAUGUGUGGUCUGCCUGAUUUGUGGACAUGUCUGACGCUUUGGGCAGGUACACAUCUGCACUGCCCCCUACCCAGUGAAUGAUCUUGUGCAACUCCGCCCUACCUGAUGAAUGAUCUUCUGCAAAGCCCCUUUUCCAUAUCGCACGUGCCAGUAAACUUGGCAUUCUUCAUAUCAGGGAAAUCAUAGUUAGGUGUACCUUUCAUUUUCGGAGAACAAUGUACAAAGAUAGGAGGAUGGUUAGCUGGAUUGUGUUCAAGUUUUUUUUGCUGGAAGCAGUGGCUGGAAUGUAGAAAAUUACCUCCCCUUGUUUUGGUGAUUCAGUCCUAAAACGCAUCUAGAAAAGGCCAUUGAAGUGGACGAUGGUGAAUUGUUUGUUUGGUAUACAUGUUCCUCGAUCCAAACUAUCAAUACUGUGGGACUGACUGGGUAUGAUCCCAAGCUCAACAUAAUUGAACAAGCUUAACCUUCCAAUUAUGGACAUUUGUCUAUUGUAUUUUGACAUUUUCCCAUAAUUGUCGAUUUCACAACUGCUA